UGGUAUCUCGUCGGUGGUGUCGCCGAAAACGUCGUGUUGGCCGUUUUCAGGUUCCUGCUGGUGCUAUUAGCCCUUGCGUUUAUUCAAGAGUAUGGAGAACGCAGUAACGUACAAAGAAUCACGAUGAACUCUUGCAUAUCGCAUAAAUGGCUGCACUUCGAAAAAGAAUAGCAGCUCUUGACGUCAUUUUCGUUAAAAGAAAUGCUUUGAUGCACAUCUCUUGCAUAGUGCAGGAAGUUCGGCUGAACAGAACAAACCUGUAGUGCGUAGUGUAAGAUGGCGUUCCGCGCGAUACAAGCAUAUCGAUUGUGUGUGUGGGGCGGCCGGCAUGGGUGAAGGCCGUCGGAUGCCACAUAAUUUUCGUAACGGCUCUUCGCAAGACUCAAAACUGUUCGGAUAGAUCGAACGAUGAGCACGACCGGGAGAUGAUGCCGGGCACAUCUCGCCAGCUGGAAACACUGAACGAUUUUGUGUGGGAUACUUUAAUGGAGGUCCAUCAUGAACCGAUUGAAAAAAACUAUCAGCUGCUUGAAGAGAUUGGCAAGGGUCAAUUUGCUAUUGUACGAAAAUGUAAGGAAGUAAAAACUGGCUCACUGUAUGCUGCAAAAAUUAUGAGAAAGAGGCGAGUUGCGAGAGGUGUAGCUGCUGCAGAUAUUGCAAGAGAAGCUGGUCUCUUAGCUCGGCUGAGGCAUCCCAACAUUGUUUCUUUAUACAAGGUAAUAGACACAGGAACGACAGUGGUGUUGCUCCUGGAAUUGAUUUCUGGUGGUGAACUGUUCCAUUGGACUCCGUCUGGUGAAGCAGAGGCCGCGCAUGUGGUGCGCCAAGUUUUAAUGGCACUUAGUCACUUACACUCCCAUCAAGUUGCUCAUCUGGAUAUUAAGCCUGAAAAUAUCUUACUAUCAACGCCACCGCCGAUGCCUAGCAUCAAGCUGAUAGACUUGGGUCUAUCGCACCGACUGGUACCCGGCUCUGAACAUAGAGCGUUAUUCGGCACACCGGAGUUCGUGGCGCCGGAGAUCGUAAAUUACGAGCCGCUCAGUCUGGGCACCGACCUCUGGGCAGUCGGUGUAUUGACGUACAUUCUCCUGAGCGGUGCCUCACCUUUCUUGGGCGAGGACAAGCAAGAGACUUAUGCGAACGUCGCUGCAUGCCAAUACCAAUUCGACAAUGAAUACUUCAAUAACGUGUCCGAGAUUGCCAAAGACUUCAUACGGUCCUUGUUGAUCAAGGAUCCAAAAGAGAGAGGAAAUGCUGAAUCGUGCCUUAAGCAUCCUUGGAUUCUCACGGAAUCUGAAGCUCCUCAGGGUCUCAGUGGAGCGAUGAUCAGUGCUGUGAAGCGAGGCUGUGUUGAGGCUGUCUCUCAGUUAUUGUUGCAGGGUGCUCCGUUAAAUGUGAAAGACUCUAAAGAAGACACUCUUUUGCACAUUGCUUGUGAAACUGGCGACGAAGGAAUGACGACUCUGCUGAUAGAAAGCGGAAUCGAUCUGGACAGGCCGAACAAACAAGGUCUCACGGCGCUACACGUGGCCGCCCGAUAUGGACAUAUUAAUCUGGUCAGACACUUGUGCCUUGCUGGUUGCGAUGUCGAUAAAACGAAUCGUGGAAUCAGAGCGGAUGUUACUGCGAUCAAGUAUGGAUAUCCGGAUAUCGCCAACUUAUUAGAUAAGUUGCGAAACCCGAAUCAGCGCGAAAAUUAUAUUCGUCAGCUGCAGCCGACGCACAGACCGAUAGACCGGCUGCACAUACGACUGCUCGGGCACUGCGCUUCCGGGAAAUCGUCGUUAAUCAGUUCUUUAAAGUCUGGAAUAUUCAGUUUCGGCUUUUUCCGAAGGUCAAGGAGUCAGAAUUGCAACGCGAAGAGAGAACCAAGUAUCGAGUUGGACGUAACGAGUAAACACGGUUCUCUUAGUUUCGAGUACAGCGACAGCGAAUAUGAAGGUACACAGGGGGUAGAGUGGAGUCGUGGUAAUGUAGGUGGUGAAUGCGUUUUCUGGGAGUUGUGCGGACGCGAGGAAUUCCUGGCGUCUUACCACUACGUGCUCACAUUCCAGCAGCCAGCAGUGCACCUCAUCACAGUCAGUCUGAGAGAGCCGCUCACCGUUCAACUCCAGCAGAUCAAAUUCUGGCUGCAGUUUAUCCUGGAUCGUAUCAAUCCGAGUAAUGUCGGAUUUGGCGGCAAAUGCAGCGACGUAAAAGUAAUUUUAGUCGGCACUUAUGCGCCGGAACCUUUAGCCCCAAAUUCGAACGGUGGCAAUCUACUUGCACCGCUCUUGCCAUUUCUGAAAGACUUUACGUCGAUUCUCGGGGAGGAGCCUCAUAUGGUAGCACUGGAUGCGACUAAUCCCUCUAGUCCUGGCCUCAAACUCCUCAGAUCUUACUUAAAUAACGCGAGGAUGGAAUUUCUCGAGGAUGGACCGGAAGUUGCAGAAAGUAUUCUCCGACGUGACGCGCCGCGUGCUGCGGCUACGUACGUGCCCCUGGCGAAUCUUGAUAAACAGAGCGCCUUAGUGUGGACUGGUCUCGCCGAGGUAUGGAGGACGUAUGUACAAUCGUUGGAAGUGCCACCGUUGAUGCUCACUCAGGAGGAGUUUCUCAACGAAGUGCGAAAGAUUAAUCCCUUGGUUUGCCUGGAGCACUGCAGGCAUCUCGGACUACAGUUACAGAAUUUGGGAGAGUGCAUUUUACUGCCCGGUAACCUGAUAGUGCUCAGUCCCGAGUGGUUUUGGCAGGACGUGCUGAAUUGGCAGCUCAGCCCCGAUCAAAGAGGACGACUAGGUGGUCGAACAACCGGUGUUUACACGUUGGAGGAUUUCCAGGCGCGGUGCCCUUGCCCCGCCACUCAAGCGCUUCAAGCCUUGCAAGCGGUCAAUCUGUGCGUUCCGUGUGAGGUGGACGACGACGAGGUGGAGUACGAGAUUCCGUGUUUAAACUUGGUGGAGCGUCUGCCCGGCCUGUGGGAGCCGUGGAAACCGUGCUCCAAUGCGUUACCUCACGCUGGCUUGCGCCUUUGUCCGGAGGAAGCGCCUUUGUACCACUUGACUGCGAUAUUUACGCAUUUACAGGCGCAACUGAGAAAGAUCACGCAGACUUGGGACCCGUCCAACUCGGACCUGUACCAGUGGUGGCGAGGAUCGAAGCUCUGCGUCGGACCGUGUGAAAGCAUAAUCACCUUCGAGGAGGAGGAGCACAGCUGCGUGGAGAUCCAGGUCCGCGGGCCGCGCGGCUCCAGUGCUCAGUGCUUCGCUCUUUUCAGCGUGAUCGUGGACGCGAUGGACACCACUAUCGAAUUGGUCGCGCCCGGGAUGCUGCUCGAGAGGCAUUGGCUGAGUCCCAGCCAGCUUCGGGAAUAUGAUGAGAUGAUUCAUUCUUGGGCGCCUGCCACCGUUAUAUCGGCUUUAAUCGACAAAGGCCUCGAGGAGGCGACCCUCAAGAACCCUUUGAACGAUCGCCAGGAGACGGUGUGGGAGAUAGUAGGCUGUGGGCUGCCGUUGAUGGAGAAUUGCGUGCCAGGCCCGAAGCAACCGGUCAAGUACAUAAAGCCCGCCGUGCAGAGACGACUGGCGCAGAUGCUGGACCCGCCUGAUCAUCACGGCAGAGACUGGUGUCUGCUUGCCGUGAGACUCGGCUUGGGCGAUCGUGUCGCCCAAUUGGACAGUACGGUGGACAGCCCGACGUUGAGAUUGCUGAAUUGCGCGGGUGCGGAGUGCACCGUCGGUUCGCUGGUGCAACAGUUGCGAGCGCUCGACCGAGAGGAUGCCGUUCACCUGUUGCUCACGUACACACCAACCUACGUGCUGUUAAUGUCUGUCGAUUCUGAGACAGGAUCUAAUCUCUCUAGAUGACGAUGCUGCAGCUCGUAUCAGUGGCGCAUCAGCACUUUCUAGGUUUCUCUCCGAUAUCGUGCGCGUAUACGUGCGUCUUUGAUGAAUUCGUAGCAUCGUCUCUAUUUCCGCCCAAUGAAGAAUUGUACGUUAAUUUAACGUUAUAUCGUGAUACGUAAUUUAACUUUAGCGAUCAAUCGCGCUGCACUUAGGAUUCGGAAGCGGCAUAGAAGCAGCCUGCGACUUGUUUUGUAAGCGAUGUUUCGCGCCUCUUUCUCGUUUUCCUGAUUUUUCUCUUGUACUUAUUGGCCUGUGAGGCAUUUGUUGAAGUAUGUACUCGCUCUACGUCAUCGCGUUCGUCGUUUAUCAUUAUUACGAACAAGAAAUUGAUAUCUCACGUUGACGUGCUUCUCGCUUUACGUUAUUUUAUUACGAGUUUGCGUGUUACUUAACGAUCGUUUCUCCUCUUCUCGGUCGUUGCGUUAAUGGUCGACGUCGCGUAUUUACCCGCGCGACGUUACGUAUCGUGCACUCGGUCUCGCAACGAUUUGGACAUUUUUCUUCGUCUCGAUGCGCUGCGAGACGCAGCCGACGACGACGGCCCAGUGAGAGAGAACUUCACUUGUGAGAUAACAUCUUAAUCGCAAACAAAUUCUCUCGCUGGAUCAUAUCUCAUUAUGCCGACGCCGAACUGCCGAAUCGAAAGAAAAUCUGUUCGAAGCGUUUUGAGAGCUAGUUUACUGUUUGUUAUGCCCUCGCAUACGUUUUUCGUUUGCGUUUCUCCUCGUUAUUAUGAAGCUGUUGUGCCAGGGAGAGUGAUGCAUUUACACAUUACGAUGCGAUAUGAUCGUAUUUGAUAUCGAUAUAUUGUUUCGAGCGCUUUUCUUGAUAUGCAUAUAUAUAUAUAUAUACAUAUAUACAUGUACUACAUCUUUGCCAAAACUCUAUGUCAAUAUGCACCGCUUUUUUCAAUACCGAGAGUACUCUCACGGGGCAUGUGUGUACACGCAUGGAGAGCGAAACGACUAUCCGCACGAACCGUCACUUUCGAAUCUGUCGUCUGCGCGUGUCUGCGCAGUGCGAUGGUUGGCGGAAAAAGAAAAAGACAAAAAAAUGUGUAUUUCUACCGAAUUGUACUCGACAUCUUUACUGUGUGCCAUGGUCGAAAAAGUCGAUUAUAUACGACACGGUAAUAUACGAUAUUCGAAGACGAUGCUUCUUUAAUGUCGAAUAAGGAUUCGAUGUUUUCGAGAUAUCCCGGAACAAUUAGACGGCGUUACUUACUACUUAGAUCGUCGGCAAUUACGAAAGUCUGCUUACGAAUCUGUAUCUCAUGAAUCGAUCAACAAACGAUCUCACACCGUACGCGUGUUAACAAUUUAAGAAGUGUUUAUAAUUAAUAGUGAAAUCAUUCGCAUCGAGAGAAACAUCCGUAGAGACUCUCAUUCGCAUUGCCUCUGUCUCUCUUUCCUCUCUUUCUUUUUCUCUCCCUCUCUUUCUCUCUCUCUCUCUCUCUCUCUCUCUCUCUCUCUCUCUCUCUCUCUCCUAUCUUCAUCUUUAUCUCAUCAUGCGCAGCGUCUCACAAUAGUUUACACCAACAAGUUAUGUGUUACAAUAUGACAGACUAUUGUAAAGAAAUAACCCAGUAAAACGAUUAAAUAUAUCUUUCGCUAGAUUUAA